UUUUUCACCACCAUGUAGUUCCGACUGCUUAACGUUCAAGAGAGCAAAAAACUCAAGAAAUACAAGCGGAUCUUUUUAAAGUGUUUGAAAGUCAUAGAACCCGGUUAGGAGGAGGCGCCGCGGAAUCUGGGAAUCUAGCUUACCAUUGUCGGAAUUCUAAACGUCGUGUCAUGAGGUUCAUGGUGGUCCAAGUCGUGACCAGCGUCGCAUUAAACCCACCAUUAUGCUCGUACUCAGUCGAGUCGACCUCGCUGUCACGGCCUUCUCCCUCAUUCUGUUUUCUUCUUUAUAUCUCAUCAAGCGGCGAAGCGCUCUCAACGCUCUUAGAGGCCCACGUGCUUCGUCUUAUCUGUUGGGCCAUGAGCACGAUUUACGAACGAAGAGAGUCGAUGAAGUCUUAUUCCAAUGGUCAAAGGAGUAUGGAACAGCUUAUAAACUUCCCGGCUGUUUUGGAGAAAACGUACUGGUGAUAUCAGAUCCACGAGCGAUACACCGUGUACUUCAAGAAUCGUUGCAAGAUUAUCCUGAAGCUGCAGAUCUUAGGAGACUGAUCAAGAUGAUCUUUGGGAGAGGGGUACUUUGGGUGAAAGGGGAAGAUCAUAAAAGACACCGAAGAGUAUUGAGUCCCGCCUUCUCAAUGGAUCACAUGCGACAGUUCCUUCCCUUGUUCCAGAGUCAUGUCAACUACCUCUCAGAGAAAUGGGACAACGCACUUCAGGGCAAAAGUCAAACCAUCGAUGUGAUACCAUGGCUCCAUAAAAUGACGCUUGACAUCGUUGGAGAAAGCGCAUUUAACUACCACUUCGAUGCCCUCGAAGGCAAACCAAACGAGCUAACGAAAGCGCUCUAUGACAUCGAGAAACUCGGCGAAGAUUCCUCUCCAACAAUAACACUAGCUCAGGCCAUCAUGCGGUACAUCCCAGAGUCAGUCUCAUCGUGGCAGGGGGAUCACUUCCCGAUGUCCACGGAGAAGGUGAUUAAACGGUAUCUGCGACUAUCGACUGAGAGAGCGAGAGAGGUUCUGAAGGAGGCUGGGUUGUACUUGGAUCAUCGUACUGUUGACAAUGGGAAUGACGGAGCGCCGGCGAUCGGGACGGGAAGGGAGAAGGACAUUCUCAGUAUCCUUGUACGUGCGAAUUGGGUAGAAGAUCCGAGGAAGAGGUUGAGUGAAGAGGAGAUAUUGGCGCAGAUGUCCACUCUCAUUCAAGCUGGCCACCAUACCACGGGAUAUACUCUAUCAUGGAUACUCUACGAGCUCGCAGCUCAUCCAGAAGAUCAGGCGAAGGUGUAUGAGGAGAUCAAGCAACUCCGGGAAAGAAACCCGGAGGGUUUUACCAGCUCAGAAUAUGAUUCGAUGAAUCAUUUUACUUUGGUUAUCAAGGAAGCCCUACGUUUUCGUCCUGUAGUACCCACGCUUGAAAGGGAAGCAUCGAAAGACGACGUUCUCCCUCUCGAAUUCCCCAUUUUUUGUAAGGAUGGAAAAAGGAUUGAAGCAGUACCGAUUGGAAAGGGACAGAGGAUUAAGGUGGAUAUCUCGACUUAUAACAGAUUACAGAAUAUAUGGGGAGAAGAUGCGAAUUCGUGGAAUCCUAAACGGUUCGAGGUGAUCGACUCGAGCACGAAGACGAAAACACAAGUCGGAUUAUUCGCGAACCUCUUGACGUUUAGUGGCGGGCCGAAAGGUUGUAUCGGGUGAGUAACUCAGCAUAUUUGGUUCUUUCUUCCCCUACGCCGGCCACUCACUAAUUAUCCUUUAUAGCUGGCGAUUCGCCGUAAUGGAAAUCCAAUCUAUCAUAACGGGUUUACUCGAACGAUACGAGUUUUCUAUCUCUCCGGAUGUGAAAAUCGAAGCAGGAGGUCCAGGAUUAGUCACUUUGGUAAAGCCUUCGGUCGAAGGGAAGGAUAUAGAAGGGGUUGCGCAGCUUCCUUUGAAGGUGACACCCAGGGCUACUAUGGCUUGAGUGGAAGUUGAAAGAAUAAGUACUAUGAUGGCCCGGGCUCCAGUAACUGCGUGCCUUCCAUCCGUGGAUUCUCGGUUGUCGGUUCUUGUAACUUUAACGAUAUGUGUACUCGCUACACGCCACGCAUCAAUCAUUUAAAUCUUGACGGAAGCCCGC